AUGGACUUUACGUCGACGUAUCAGCAUGCGUCAUGGAGUUGCAUUUCGUUUUCGCCUGGGUCGACGUUUAUUGCGUAUGUGGGUGAGCCCAAACAAAAUGGUGUGUUUGUUCGCGUUACAGGUACACUGCAAGUCGUGCGGUCGUGGGAGCUUCCUGAACCAGUGAAUGCGCUGGAAUGGUCAAAAGAUGGACUGUUUCUUCUUGCGAGCUCCUACACUGAUACAUAUGCAGCCCGUAAAUCCUUGUCCUAUGUUCUCCCUUUGGACCCGGACGCGACAGUAACCGAUGGCUCCGACGAUAACCGUGGCUGGGUAGCUUGCUUGGACGCAGGACUGCAAGGGUUGGAAAAGGCUAUGUGGGUUCCUGUGUGGCGUAUCCCAGCGGUGCUUCAGCUUGCACAUUACAAUUCUGACGCGAUGAUUUACUCUCUUGCCGACCAAACAUUCACCUCUGUGCCUAGCAUCGUCGUCCCACAUGUCUAUGCCAACGCAAAAUGGCCCGAUCAUUUUGGUGUGGUGCAGCGGAGCGGUGAGCAUGACUACUUUGUUUUGUACUCGCCACAAUCUAAAGAAGCGCCAACCAUGGACGACCCUGUCCAGUACGAUCGCAAACGGACGAUCAAGUUGCAUACCACGGCUGUCCAUGGCGCUGCUUGGAGUCCUGAUAGUAACUACUUGGUGGUCUACGACGACUGUCUUGAGUACCGUGCAUGCAUUUAUACCCUCGGCGGCACAUUACUUGCCACGUGCUCGCUGUCGCCGGACACGGAGGAGGCGCUAAUAAAAACCGGAGUAGAAAGCGCGCAAGCUCAAUCGACGCUGGCCAAGUUGGAAAACGAUACACCCCGCCCUGGCGGAGCACGACGCGUUGCUGUGCGUGCAGCCCGCAUCCCCAAGACACAGCAAUUCAAAAGCAGUUUAUCCUCUUCUUUACGGCGCAGCGCUGCUACAUCUACCACGACGCGAGUUGCAAGCGGCGGUUUAGGGAUUCGGUGUGUUGCGUGGCAGCCCUCGAGCCUCUUCCUCGCGCUUGGUGGGUACGAUGAAAUAGUGCGCAUACUUUCCGGAGAUGAUUGGUCGUUUUCGUGUGUACUCAACGUGACGCAGGCGAAUUUUGCGUCCUCACAGCACGACAAGGCAAAUACCAUUGUCUGGCAGGAACCGCAGCGUUGGCCACGCGAGGGGAUUGUGCCCAUGGAUCAGUGCCAGCUCCCGGUGGAGUUACCUAUCAAAAAACCGACUGAUGAUGUGCUAUGCGACGGUAUUGCAUGGAUGGAGUGGAGUCGAGACGGCAAUGUUCUCGCAGUACGCAAUGAAUGCACACCGACGGUAGUGGCGCUCUACGACUUUACGCCAAUGCUCGAACGGAAACACUUUUGCCCCAAGCAACUGGGUUUGAUUGUGUGUGCUACUCCGAUUACAUGCACAGCUUGGCGGCCUGGCUCGCCGUGCUCGCUAGCCGUGGCGAAUGGAUCGCAAGCCAUUUAUAUUUGGUCGCUUACAAAAUCAGAGAUGGGAGCAGAGCAGAGCGCCGAGGCAAUCGCAAUACCAAAUGAGGACUUUGCUGCAUUGCAUUUCUGUUGGUCGCACGAUGGUCAAUCCUUGCUAUUAGCCGAUAAAAGGGCAUUUUGCUGUGCCGUGUUCGCACCCAGCGGACAGGAGGAUGUAAUGUAG